UAAAUAUCGUCGUAAAAUAGAGUCAAUUUACAAUUUAUUAAUUUACAUUUUAGUCGCAUUAAUGUUUAAGUAAACAGAGGAUACUAAAUGCUGCCAUUAGAGAUAAAUGUUCAGUACGAGUGCUAUAUAACGGCCUCUGCAGACAAUGUCUCAAGAGCAGAUACGGAAAAUCGUAAUGAUUACUGCAUUGAAUGUGACAACUGCGGUGAACUGGACUCUUGUGUAAACUGUAGUUACUGUGGUAAACCUUUCUGCAUCUCCUCGUGCCGCAUACCUCAUGAAACCACUUGCAGUAGAAGAUCAAGGCUUGAGGCAGAAAUUACAUUGAACCGGAUUGUAUCUAGGGACUCAUUAGAAAUUUCCAACGCAAAUAAUGUUCACUCGUUACAAGUUCCUGAGUGUAAUGAAAAGGACUGUCUUGAUUAUCUGUUGGUGACUAAUGGCAACUACUGUAAUCCAGUUUUGAGGUAUAGUCUAUGCAUCUUAGCAAUAUCCAUGGUGAUUCUGGGUUUUGCUACAGGAAUAUGGAGUGUGACUGAGGGAAGCAUAAAUGUUCAGAUUGGUGCAUGUUUGUCGAUGGUGAAGAGUCUAAUUCAACUUGGACUAAUAUUCUGGUUGACAUGUGUACAUACCGGAAAUGCUAUCAACGCCCGGAAAACUGUUUAUGGAUCACUGCCUAUGCUGUUAAUUGUAAUGUUUACAGUUAUUGAGAUGAUAUUUGUCAAUACCCCGGACGAAGACCUACUAACAUCCGGUCUGUUUCUUCGAAUUUUCGUAAUCAUAGACUGUGUAUAUGGUGCCGCUAUUGUGGUUAUUGUACUGAUGCUGGUGGCCAGAUGGUCCAGGAAAAAGAGAGGAAUGUAUGACUUCAAUGCUGAAAUAACCGGAUACAGAAGAAUGGCAGUCUUUUCAACAGGAAUAAAUAGCACAAGUUUAAGAAUGUGAAAACAUUCAGCUGAAUCAUUAUAUGGUCAAUUUGUUUUAGUCUAAUAAUACUGUAUAUAUGUGACUAGUUUCAGAUUUUAUUACAGUAUCUUACUCGAAAAUUCUCAUAUCCCUUUGAAAUCGUGUAAGCUAUUAGUUUUUUUUUUUUUUUGUUUUUUUUCGUGACUUGAAUAUCCAACUUCUUGAGUCUAACUGCAGAACAACCUUCAGAUUAUUGCACAUAAUGGUCAGUCGAAAUCACGAUAAAAAAAAGGUUAUAACAGAUGAUCCUGUAAACUUCAUACUUGAUAGUUCUUAAUUUCAUUACAUUACAGACUUGUUUUAGAACUACGGAAGGAAAUUAAAGUAAAGUUUUUGAUAAAUUGUAUAUCAUUAUUGUUCAUGUUUAUUUUUAUUAUUAUUACUGUUAUUAUUAUUAUUAUACCAUAUUUGUAUAGCACUCUUCUCAUAAAAAAUAAUAUACGUUCAAAAGUGCUUAACAAUAGAAUGUGCAUACAUGAACAAUAAAUAUUGAUGAAUAAAAAUAAAAGCAAUGAUACGUAUCAAUUAUGCAACUCAAGAUACGUGUUAAAAUAAUCAAAUGAUAAUUGAAAUGAAUAAAUGCUAAACAGUAAACACAGGCUAAUACAUGAAAAUUAAAACAAUAUCGCACUAUCAAUAUAUUAAUGCAUAAAACUACGAAUAACACAAAUUGUCUAGUUAAACACAAAUCAUAUUUAAAACAACAUUGAAGUGUUUAACGAGACUAAGAAAAGAAUUAAGAUUGGUAAGCAGAUACAGCCAGACUAUAACAUGAGCCGCGCCAU